AACACCAGCACCUCAGGAACACCAACACCGCAGGAACACCAACAGCCAGGGGCUCGGGAACACCAACACCUCAGGAAGAUCAACACCCAGGGGCUCAGGAACACCAACACCUCAGGGAACACCAACACCUCAGGAACACCAACACCCAGAGCUCAGGAACACUGAGGAGAUUUGGUUUUCUGUCUCAGCACAGAAAAAAGGAAAAGAACUUCAAGUGUUUUUAGAACUGAGGACAAACAAUCUCCCUUUAGAACUGUUCCCAGAGGAGCAGAGGAGGGACUGUCCCUGUCCCUGCAGUGGGGCUGUUUCAGCAGUGCUGGGACUGUCCCUGUCCCUGCAGUGGGGCUGUUUCUCAGCCUGUAACCCUUUGCUGUUGGGGCCUGUGCUCUCCCUGCAGGAGAGGCCAUGGAACAAGGCCUCCGGGACUGCUGCCGGUCCAUCCGCAUCGGGAAGAUCCUGAUCCAGAGCGACGAGGAGACCCAGCGAGCCAAGGUGUACUACGCCAAGUUCCCUCCAGACAUCUACAGGAGGAAAGUGCUGCUGAUGUACCCAAUCCUGAGUGACAGAGCAGGGAAUUAUCAGGCUGUGCCAGGACACACAUUAGUCAGCUGCACCAGUGGGAAUGCAAAGCAAAUCCUUUGGCCAUGGCAGUGUUUGGGAGAAUGGUUGAAGAUUAAGACUUGA